AUGCAGGGAAAGGUAACGGACAAGGUGAGGCGGUGGCUUAUGGAGUCGACAAACUCGGUCACGUUGGAGAUUAUGGCAUUUGAGCUUUUGGAAAACAUAAUAGAGGCUCAGCUCGGCAACACUCAUCAGUUGCCUGAUGUUAGUCUUUACGAACAUGAAGUGCAUGAGACGUUUCAAUCCCGGUUUGACAGUGUCAUUGCUGCAUUGAGAUACUCGAAAGCCAUGGUGUACAACCUAAGCCACGCCUCUUUCCUCUGGAGAGUAGCUGCAGGGCCCAAGACGCAACUCAAGGUCUAUAUUUGCCUCUCCCUUCUCCUCUCAUCCGUACUCUCCAACAAGAAGGGAGCCUUUCAAGCAGCCAUGACUAACUGCCACACGGCAAAGACGGCAAACGCAGAACUAAACGGCGCUAGAGCUGAGCGACAGGCCGUGUACCAACGAGCCGUACAAGCCAAUGACAAAGACGCCCUGAUGAAGGCGGCCAUGACCCGAAGGCCAAGGGCUAAACAGCUAGCCAGGUCGUCCUCCCCGGCUAAACUCCCUGUCGCGAUGGGACUUCCCAAGGUGCAGCAGCAACAACAGUUGAACCAAUGGACUGCAAGUAAGAGAUCGGCCACCGAGGCAGGUAUGAGGACAGAAGAUGAUAGCUGUUACGCAAAAAAGGCUUGUAUUUCAAACCUGGGCGAUCUGGGUCAGAUGCAAGAGCCAUCGAUAUUUCCGAGUUUCUUCGACACAAGAACCACCGGUACCAGUGCCAUUGGAGGACUAGUGACCACAGGUCAUGAGCUCGUUGCCACCACGCCCUAUCCAAUUGACCCCCAACUACAAAAUACCACUAUGGCUUUUACGGACAUGCCAUUGUUUGAUCAAGGUCUUGGAGGCUGGGAUGAUUCAUUAGGAGGUAUAAGCAAUGCUGAAAUGCUCAACUUGAUCCAGCAGGAGUGGCCCGCAACGCAGUACUCUACAAAUACCGGCAUGUAG